GUGAAUUGGGCCAACAUUACGUAUUCAGGAAGUCUUUGAAUUCAAAACGUUUGUAGGAAUUAAAGUUAUGUUUACCAAGUGGAUUGGCAUCUUCUAAGCGAGUCUAGACUCACAUGUUGAUUUCAGGAUCACUGUAGGAAUCGAGGUGUAAAGUGACAGUGAUCUAGGCAUUAGUACGAGCCGGUGCAUUGAUGUUGUGAUCUGGGGAGCGUUUACCUGAGAAUCGCCCCUUUCCAUUCAGGGGGCGUGGCUAGGGGACGAGGUGUAUAAAGAGAGGGCAGAGGCCAGUAAAUUCAUUAAUUUGGGGCAAGCCUUUAGAAAAGUUACGUGGGGAGAGAAGAAAAAAAAUGUUCCGCAGCACCGAAUUUCUACUGGAUUCUACAAUUUGGAAGAUUUUUUUUUUUGACAUUGCGUUGGAUUAUUGAAGUGACAAGGAUUACAAGAAAGAAAGCAGCACAUUCAUUCUGCACGCGUAAUACACACACAUUAUAAUUUUUUUUUAGGUGUUUGGAAUUAUUUUUGAGAGACAGCAGAUCUUCAACAUACAUUUACUCCCAUCUCCCAAAAAAAUGGAAAUGAGAAAUCUCAUCGUUAUGCUAACAGUCCUUCUCAACUCAGAAUAUUGUGGCGCUAUACACUGGCUCGGUCUUACAGUGAACGGCAGCUCCGUGGGUUGGAACCAGACCCAUCACUGUAAGCUGUUGGACGGGCUUGUCCCGGAUCAGUUGCAGCUCUGCAGGAGGAACCUGGAGCUGAUGCAGAGUAUUGUCCACGCCGCCAAACAGACCAAGCUGGCGUGCCAGAAAACCUUCUCCGAUAUGAGGUGGAACUGCUCUUCCAUCGUGCAUGCUCCCUACUUCACCCCCGACCUGGAGAAAGGUACUAGAGAGUCUGCGGUGGUCUUCGCUCUCGCCUCUGCCGCAGUGAGUCACUCCAUCUCCAGAGCCUGCGCGUCGGGAGAGCUGCCGAGCUGCUCCUGCGGGCCCGCUCCUGCGGAACAGGCCGGGCCCGACUUCAGGUGGGGCGGCUGCGGGGACAACCUCCGCUACGGUCUGCAGAUGGGGUCGGCUUUCUCCGAUGCGCCCAUGAAAAAGAGCCGAUCAGGCUCGCAGGCUACAAAACUAAUGCACCUGCACAACAACGCUGUUGGUAGACAGGUUCUGAUUGACUCUAUGGAAACCAAAUGCAAAUGCCACGGCGUGUCCGGCUCCUGCUCCGUGAAAACCUGCUGGAAAGGCCUGCAGGAUCUCAGUGAUGUCGCUGCAGACCUCAAGUCCAAAUACCUGGCAGCCACCAAAGUGAUCCACCGCCACGUUGGGACCAGGAAGCAGCUGGUCCCACGCGAGCUGGACAUCAGGCCCGUGAGAGAGAGCGAGCUUGUGUACCUGGUCAGCUCCCCGGAUUACUGCAACGAGAACGACAAGCAGGGCUCAUACGGGACACAGGACAGGCAGUGCAACAAGACGUCCAAUGGCAGUGACAGCUGUAAUCUGAUGUGCUGCGGCCGAGGAUACAACGCUUACACAGAGAAAAUUGUGGAGCGCUGCCAGUGCAAGUACCACUGGUGCUGCUACGUCACCUGCAAGAAGUGUGAGAGGACCGUGGAGAGAUACGUGUGCAAAUAACAGGGAUGCUCUCACGAGACCGUGAAGGAAAAGCACUAUACACAGACUUGUUUCUAAAGAUAGACGGUUGUCAGCGCUAUGGCUUCUGAAACAUUUAUUGAACGCUAAUAGACAACGCUGGUAAUGCGUCCUCCACAUCGUGCCAAAAAUACAUUGCAAGGAAGGCUGGUGAAAGAGGACUGGCAAAGAGGUGACACAGAGGAGCGGCUUUAUUAGACCCUGUUCUGGGCUCAAUAACCAUCUCUUGUGGCUGAUCAGUGUUUUGCGGAUGUUCCACCUGGACAGAUCUAUGUCUUGGUUCAGUCGAGACUUUGUCUUGAACGAGAAGACCGAUACGGGUCAAAGGCUGGACGUGAUUGACUGAGAGCAGUAGAAGGGCUGGCUGUCUCGCUACAGAAGUAAGAAAGCCCCUCUUGGAAUGGUGAAAGGGACUGAAUGGAAACCAUGAACUGAAUUACAAAAAGACUCCAAGCGCCACCCCUCCUCCCCUCCCGGGUGCCUAUAACUGUGCAAGCUUUGGGGAUUUUUAUUUUACCAGAUCGAAGAGGGGGUUUUUUAAGCAUCAUUACACCAGUUGUGCAAUUGUUCCUCUAACUAAACAUUUAAGAGAAACUGUCCCUAAUGGAGAUCCAUGUCUCUAAGUGGCCAGUGCAUCCAUCUUAAACGAGACCAUAGACAAGUGAAAGAAAUGUGCUAUUGUAAAAUGCAAAGAAUU